AUGACCAAGUGGGAUUCGUACCAUGAAAAGGAUGAUUCAAAAUCCAAAAAUCAAUCAAAUUUAUCUCAAUUCACAGAUGACAUGAUCAAUAACACUGGGCUCUCAGGAAGAAUCGCAUCCGUGGGCAGCCUGCCCCGCCUGCUGCGGCAGUGUGUGCUGGGCUGCCGCCCGCAUGUGUUCUCCUGGCGGGCCACCAGCAGCAGAGCCUCCCUCACACGCCUGCACUGGCAGAACUACGCACGCCUCUACCCUGUGCUCUUGGUCAGGCAGGAUGGUUCCACCAUCCACAUCCGCUACCAAAAGCCGCAAAGGAUGCUGGUGAUGCCUGUGGACCUGGACGGCCUGUCCCCAGAGGAGCGGCGGGGGUGGUUCUGGAAACGUGAGGCCCAGCUCCGCGUGAAGAAGGAGGAGGAGCCGGUGCUGGGCGAAGACUUUCACGAGGAGUGGUACAAGCAGUUCUGGACCAAGAAGUGA